CUGCAGAGCGAGAGGUUCCUGCCAUGAAUCCGCCAGGGUCCGUAGGGGUGCCGGAGCACAAUGCGGACCAAGCCUUAUCUAACCCUAUUCACGGGCCCUCGAUCCAUUCCGACGACCCGCAGGAGCGGAUCCAGGCCAGGCGCCUCCGCAUCGCGGCGCGCGUGGAAGCUAGGAGGCGGGAAGCGCUGGGAGAAUAUUUAGAUGGGAAGAAGGAGAGUGAGGAAGAUCACAGCAAGAGCUACAAACAGAAAGAAGAGAGCAGACUGAAAUUGGCCAAACUACUGCUCUAUGGCACUGAGCUGGUAACAAAUAUCCAGGUGGCAAUAGAUGUCAGGGAGAUCCACAGGAGAGUGGAAGAGGAGGAGAUAAAGCGCCAGAGAAUCGAGAAGCUGGAGAACGAAGUUAAGACCAGCCAGGACAAAUUUGAUGAAAUCACUUCCAAAUGGAAGGAGGGCAAACAGAAGCGGAUUCCCCAAGAGCUGUGGGACAUGCUCAAUACUCAGCAGCUGCACUGCGCUGGCCUGAUAGAAGACAAGAACAAGCUUAUCAGCGAGCUGCAGCAGGAAUUAAAAAUCAAAGAUGACCAGUAUGUGAAGGAUUUGAAGAAGCAGUCAGACGACAUCUCCCUGCUUCUGGAGAGGAUGGAGGAGCAAGUGAAGAGCAUGAUGAAAGCCUUCCGCCAGGAGCUGCUUCACAUCGAGAAAGCCUUUGAGGUGGAAAGACAGGAGCUACUCACCAACAAUAAGAAGAAAUGGGAGUGGGCGCUGCAGGCUCACAGCUCCAAGGAGCUGGAGUACCUUGUCAACCGCAUGAAGAGAGUGGAGGAGUAUGAGCAGCAGCUGAACAAGCAGCGGAUCUGGGACCGUGAAGAGUUCAUAAUCAUCAAGAUCAAGCUGGAGCAGGAUGUGCAGAUUCUGGAGCAACAACUUCAGCAGAUGAAAGCAACAUAUCAACUAAACCAAGAGAAGUUAGAGUACAACUUCCAGGUGCUGAAGAAGAGAGACGAAGAAAGCACAGUGAUCAAAUCCCAGCAGAAGAGGAAGAUCAAUCGCCUACAUGAUGUACUUAACAACCUGAGAUCAAAAUAUGCCAAGCAGAUAAAGCAGUUUCAAGAGGAGAAUCAGUCUCUGACUGCAGACUACAAACGUCUUGUGAUGCAGUUCAAGGAGCUACAGAAAUCCAUAAGGCAUUUUGCUCUCAUUGAUGAUGAGAAGUUUCGUGAGAUUUGGCUGAUGAAUGAAGAGGAGGCAAAGGUGCUCAUAAGCAGAGCCUUCGAAGUGGACAAGAUCAUCCACACCCAGCAUCUGGGGCUCCCCUGGACAGCACCUGACUUCUGGUUCCUGCACAAUGUGGGGCCAAUUUCCCAGCCGCUGCAGAAGUCCGCCACCCAGAUAGUAGAGGAAGUGCUGAGGCAAACAGAGGAGGAGGGAGAAGAGGCUGCCUCAAAUCCAGAGUCUUACCUGGAUCUGCCCAAGCAAAUUUCAUCAAAAACUACCAAAAGGAUCCUGAUGCUUCUGUGUGAUGAGUCGGGUUUCCUCAUAGAAAGCAAGCUGCUGAGCCUUCUCCUUCCUCUGGAGAAGACCGAGUGCUAUCUGCUGAGGUUGGAUGCCAUCUUCUCAGCCCUUGGAAUCGAAAGUGAGGAUGACUUGUAUAAGCUGGUGAACUUCUUCUUCAAAUAUCAAGCCCACCAUGGAUCCUCCAGCCAGACAAACCCCAGGGACGGCACAGGCACUGAGCGGUCAAGCCUGGCAUCAGGGGUGGAGAGAUUCAGCAUGGCAACAGCAGUGGCGCAGAGCAGCCUUGAAUCUGUCAUCCCGAGAACCAGCCUGGCAUCUGCGUCGGAGGCAGCAGAGCAGACUUCACUGGAGGGAGGAGAUGGCGGAGAGCAGGAAGAGAAGGCAGCCCAGGCUCCUUCCAGGCUCAUCCACCCUAACGAUGUCCUCAAGGUCCUGGAGGCCUUCGUCAUGGGUCUGAGGAAGUCCAGGGACUUUUGGGCACCACUGAAAGUGGGGAAGGAUAUGCGAGAUGAUUCAAAAGAUUCCAAGUACUGGGAGGCUCUGUCCACCGUCAUCCCCACUGCCAAGCAGAACCUGUGGGACACGUUCUACACAGCCCUGGAGCGAUACCACCUUGUCCUGACCCAGCGGGCCAAGCUGCUGGUAGAGAAUGAGUCCCUGGAGCAGCAGAAUGCUGAACUACAGUCUCUCCUGCAGCAGUAUCUGCACUCCAAGAUAAACUCUGAGCUGCAAGUUCCUCCGACUCAGGUGUUCCGAGUGCCCACCAAGUAGAAGUGGACCUGUGAGGCUGACGUGUAUGAGCUGGUGCUGGAGACCAGAGCCCACCCUGGGUUUUCUGGAGCUAUCAUUCCAGACCUGUGGAAAGAAGGUGGCAAGAG